CGAUGAAUGGUGACUGCUCAAAAUGUUCAUCAACUUCCAACGCAACCAUCAGAUCAUGAAACUCUAUCAUCACAGAAAAUGACUGAACACCAACUAUUGCAGCCUCCACAGCAGAUAAGCCGCUCUAUCGGAUCGAUAGCGGCCGAACGCCAUCAGUUGCAUCGCACAGCAUGUUUCAACUGUCGUUCGUCGAGACAAAAAUGUGAUCGCAAAAGUCCAUGUAUGCGAUGCACUUCGCAGCAACGAAUAUGCGAAUAUCCUUCGGUCUCGAACAGAGGCCGAAAACAAGGGAGUGUCAAUAAACCGGAUACGGUUGAGAAACUUCUGCAGCGUAUCAAUGAGAGUCCUGUAGGGGAUCAAGUCAUUGCAGCCAUUUUAGCCUCUUCCCGAGCCUCGCAACCUCCUCAGCUUUCUCCGGACACACCCACCGCACGAAUAUCAGAAGAUGAUUCCACAGAGACUGGAGCAGCGUCUGGGACAUAUACCGCUAUUGAUUUGAAUGGCCAACAAGCCGAAUUCAAUCAGGCGAAUACUGAUUCUCGAAGCUCUCUGGUAUCACCCUUACAUAUUCUCGCCGACGCAGUAGAAACCGAGAGGCUUGCAUCUCUUCAGAUUCGAGAUCCAAGCCCGGCGAUUAUGUCAUCUAAUGAGCCUUCGUCGAGCACCACUGGUGGUGGAUGGCUCUCUUCAGACUCCACAGCACGAUUGAUCAAAUACUUUAAGCCAAAUGUAUCUUUCCAGAAAGACUGGCAGGUGCUGGCAUCACAGUCCUCGAGCUCUGUUCUGAGGGUCAGCUCCUUGACCUGUGACCCACUUUCUUCUCGCCUUAUCGACGAUGCAGAUGCAGAGAGAUACUUUGAGUUAUUCUUCAGGAUAAGAAACCCUCUAGUGUGUCUGUUGGAUCCUAUCCUCCAUACACCGGAUAAUGUUCGACCGAUGUCUUUCACUUUGUUCUCUGCUAUCUGCGCACUGGGUUGUGCAAUAUCCGAUCAGCCCAGAGACCGAUUAUUGUAUCCUGCUCUCUUCGCAUUGGCAGAGAGUAACAUUAAAUGGUCGAUAGCAGCAUCAGUAAAAUCGGUAGAGACCAUUCAGGCUAUCUUCACCAUGGAGUAUUGGUCACCUGCGUACGAGAAGCAAAAAGAUGAUCCGUAUUGGUUACACCUAAGUCAUGCUAUUUUGCUAGCCAGAGAGCUGGGACUCAACAGAGCAAAGCCAAUAGAUGAUCUAGUCGAAUCGUACACCUCUGCUACGGCGAGCUCAGAUUUCAAGGAAAGAUUUCGAAGGAACUUUGAGCGGACCUGGCUUGCUGCCUUCUUUGCAGAAAAGAGCUUCGGCAUCGUCACUGGACGUGUCAUGAACGUUGGUAGAACGGAAGUCUCAGAAACCAUCUCUGAGUGGUGGCAGAAACCUUUAGCAUGUCCCUUCGAUCGUAUCAUCAGUGGAGUUGUGGAGAUGCGUGUUCUUCUUAUGCAAUACCUUGAGGAAAGAGAGAAUAUGAACAAAACCAGAGACUCGAUAGCGAACUGGCAAUCGCGAGGUUUCGAAGCUCUCGAGGCUCUUCGUGCAAAACGAUGCCUAUCUAACAAUGCGUCAGAUAUAUCACCGUCUGCAGAGUACUUGCCCAUACUCGCCUCCUUUGUGGACCACAGUAUCCUGGUGUUCAACGCCAACGCCCUGAGAGAUCUUGUCGGUAUUAACGCUGUGGAGACUAUGGCCAACCCAUGUAGGAUCUUCCGACAGACGGUAGAAGUUGCCUGCAGGUCUUUGGACCUGGUGCUUUCUGACCCAGUCUUGCUAAGGCACAUGUAUGGCACCCACAAUAACCAGUUCAUCAUGAUAUGCCAUGCUUGCAGCGAGAUUCUGUUUGCUACCACCCGCGGAUGCCUACCACCCGAUGUCAUCGAGACUGCAGCCGCCAAAGUACGUGCUGUGGCCAUGCAUAUGGAAUCUAUCACACGAGUGCUCCCAGAAUCAUCUGCAGCAUCUCUGUACACAACUCUGUCCAAGAUCUUCUCUCAGCAGCUAGAAAAGUACAUCCACACGGCUCAAGCCAGUUCUGUGAGCCAGGAACUUAUACCAACGGAUUGGUGGAAUGGACUCGGUGGGGAUCUACUCGUUGACAUGGGUGACCUCUUCCCAGAACAAUUGUUCCCAGAAUGGAAUAGUGUUGGAGCUGCUUGCGAUCCAAUGCUAUGAGAAAUAAUUAGACAUGCAAGAAAUGCAUUAGGAUACACAAAAUCCAACAAUCUUUUGUGAAG